AAAAUCAUUAUAAAAAAGCAUAAUCAAACACUAAAGUUAUCAAAUAUUCAUUCACAGUGACAGUGAAGUAGUAAAUAACAAAAAAACAUGGAGGCCCAUCUUCACCGAUCAAAAAAUGUUAUUGUUCUUCUUGUUCUAAGCGUCUCUUUAGCUGCAACUCUAGUGCAGUCAUCUGCAACGCCGGUCGCUGGAGAGAAAGUGAAGCUGGCUUUAUACUACGAAGCUCUAUGUCCCGGCUGUACAUAUUUUAUUCUCAACGAUCUAUCCAAGAUAUUCGAUAACGGGCUGAUUGAUAUCGUUGAUCUCAAGCUAAGUCCCUAUGGAAAUGCUAAGAUUAGUUCCAAUGGCACCAUUGUCUGUCAGCAUGGUGAAUGGGAAUGCAAGCUAAAUACCGUCGGGGCCUGUGCAAUCAAUACAUGGCCUAAUGUGAAUGACCACUUCAAAUUUAUCCAUUGUGUGGAGAGUUUAAGUGAUGAUGGCAAGUAUAGAGAGUGGAAAACUUGUUUUAAGAAAUUAAAGUUAGACCCAAAACAAGUUACUGAAUGCUUCACCGGUGAGCUUGGUCACAAGCUCGAGCUACAAUAUGCGGAUGAAAUAGGCGCUCUUAAACCUCCCCAUGAGUAUGUGCCAUGGGUCGUAGUGGACGGGAAACCACUCAAAGAGGAUUUUGCAAAUUUUGUGAGCUAUGUGUGUAAAGCUUAUAAAGGAUCUAAGGUUCCCCAAGCUUGCCGUGGGUUAUCUCUCAAGAAAGACAGUGCAAAACCUUUCAAUAAUGUGUGCUACAAAGAAGACAACAAUGCUAAGUCAAAGGUUUUGGAAUCUAUGUAAAGCUAA